AGUGUGCUUCUGGUACGUAUAUAAAGCUGCCAAGGAGAUUGACACCAAGCAAAGUGUUGCACGUCUUCGUAUAUACGUCGAUGAUGAAGACCUUGGUGAUAGUACUAGGCACAGUAUGCCUCUGCGCCUGCGCUUUAGCUGCCGAGACCGAAGAGAAGAAAAAAGAGGUCUCGGAGGAAAGUAAGAAGCAGGACAAAAGAGGCAUCCUGCUUGGAGACCAUGGAGGAUACGGUGGUGGAGGUGACAUUGGAGGUGGAUAUGGAGGAGGUGGAUAUGAAGGAGGUUACGGUGGCGGAUAUGGAGGAGGAUACGGGGGUGGAGAAGAACUUGGUGGAGGAUACGGUGGUCAUCACGAACACGUCAAAACCAUAGUAGUAGAAAAGAAAAUCCCAGUGCCUUACACAGUUACCAAACACGUACCUUACACCGUUGAAAAGAAAGUACCGUACGAAGUCAAGGUUCCAGUACCACAGCCCUACACAGUAGAAAAGAAAGUACCAGUACCCGUAAAAGAGUACAUCAAAGUACCUUACAUCGUACCACAACCCUACGAAGUCAUCAAGAAAGUGCCUUACGAAGUCAAAGUACCAGUUCCAAGGCCUUAUGAAGUUAAAGUACCCGUACCACAACCUUUCACCGUUGAAAAGAAGGUGCCAGUACCAGUAAAAGUGCCCGUGCCACAGCCUUACACUGUUUACAAAAAGGUUCCAUACCCAGUCAAGGUUGAAGUACCAGUUCCUCAACCUUACACUGUCGAGAAAAAAGUACCCUAUGAAGUUAAAGUACCAGUAGACAGACCAUACCAAGUUUUUGUUCCUAAACCAUACCCAGUCACCGUUGAAAAGCACGUUCCAUACCCAGUAGAGAAACCAGUACCAUACGAAGUCAAAGUACCAGUUGACAAGCCAUACCCUGUCGAAGUACCCAAGCCUGUACCAGUACCAGUCAAGGUCCCAGUACCACAACCAUACGCCGUUAUUAAGAAAGUACCAGUCCCAGUAGAAAAACCAUACCCAGUACCCGUCAAAGUACCAGUAGACAAACCAUACCCCGUCUACAAGGAAGUACCCUACCCAGUCGAAAAACCAGUACCGUAUCCAGUUAAAGUUCCAGUACCCGUACCUGUCAAAGUUCACCACGAAGAAGGAGGUUACGGUGGAGGUUAUGGAGGUGGUUAUGGAGGUGGUUACGGAGGUGGAUACGGAGGUGGAUACGGAGGUGGAGAAGAAUACCAUCACUGAUGUAAUACUUGAGAGAAUGUCAAGGAUUCGAUAAAAUUACUUGGAGAUUCAAGUGAAUUUUAUUUGAUCUUGUUAUUUUUAAGGUUAAUGUUGUUGUUUGUAAGUUAUGAGACAGGGAAUGAGAUAGUGAGAUAGCUAAAAAUAUUGUAAAUAUAUAUUCUAGUCUGUUUUUAUUGGUUGUUUUCUAUCAUUCUUUUUCUUUUUAACUGUUUUUUUUUAUUUCAAUCCUUGUUAAUGUUUCUUUGUAUUAUUCUUUUCUUCUCUGAAUUUUUCAAAAGGAAAACAACCAUUUUUGGUAUAAAAAUAAGAAAAAAUCAUAUUUUUAGCCAACUCAGUUUCCGGAUUAAAAAAAACAGAAAUACUAUACUGUAUGUUGAAUUAUUAAAAAAAAUGUGUUGUUGCUCAAUCGAUAGAAGGAUUUCGAGUUUGGGAAAGUGUGCGUGCUUGCAGUAUUAUUUACUAAGAAUCUGUGUUAAUUAUUAUAUAUUUAUCUGUAAUUUCUAAUAAAAACGAUUUCAUUACGA